GGAAAAAAAUGACAAAAACAACGGUCCGAGAGGGAGUAACGGUCCCGGGCGGAGUAACGGUCCGCGCGCGCGCACGUCGAGUCGGCGCCGCGUGGACACUACAGCCUCCCAUCCGAGCCCACCUCUGGAUGCAAAGGGGCGCUGCUGGGGGGCACAGCGUGGAGUGGGGAAUGGAAGGGACACUCGCUUUCAGGGAAAAUAAAAAGUGUUUCAUUUGGAAUUAAAACUGUAGCAAUAUGUAUCUCUGGAACAAGACAGUUUGUGUAUUGAAGCUUAACUUAAUCUGCAAAUUCAAGAUUUCCAGAAGAAUGUGUACAUCUUUGGAUAACAUUUGGAUGACAGCAACUGAUCUUGUUAGAGGUUGCCUUAUUGAGGCUGUGAACUUGAAAUCUAGCAACCAGAAUCCUGUGGUACGGGAAUUUGAGAGUGUGGAACUGUCUUGCAUCAUUACAGACUCUCAAACAAAUGAUCCCAGGAUUGAGUGGAAAAAAAUUCAAGAUGAUCAAACAACCUAUGUAUUUUUUGACAAUAAAAUUCAGGGGCAUUUGGCAGGCCGUGCAGAGCUCUUGGGAAAAACAUCUCUGAAGAUCCUAAAUGUGACACGGUCAGACACAGCCUCUUACCGCUGUGAAGUUGUGGCUCGUAAUGAUCACAAGGAAAUUGAUGAGAUUGUCAUUGAUCUCACAGUACAAGUGAAACCAGUGGCUCCUGUCUGCAGAGUGCCAAAGGCUGUACCUGUUGGCAAGUCAGCAACACUGCACUGCCAGGAGAAUGAGGGCUAUCCCAGGCCCCAUUAUAGGUGGUACCGAAAUGACAUACCUUUGCCAACUGAUUCCAAAGCCAACCCCAGAUUCCGGAACUCCUCAUUUGUCUUGAACCCUGAAACUGGCACACUGGUUUUCAAUGCUGUUCACAAGGACGACACUGGCCAGUAUUACUGCUUUGCUACCAAUGAAGCUGGCUCCGCCCACUGUGAGGGUCAAGAGAUGGAAGUCUAUGACCUGAACAUUGCUGGGAUCAUUGGAGGAGUGCUGGUUGUCCUGGCUGUUCUAGUCCUGAUAACUCUGGGCAUCUGCUGUGCCUACAGACGGGGUUAUUUCAUCAACAACAAACAGAAUGGAGAAAGCUAUAAGAAUCCAGGGAAACCUGAUGGGGUUAACUACAUCCGGACAGAUGAUGAGGGGGACUUCAGGCAUAAGUCAUCAUUUGUGAUUUGAAAUGUGGCCAUCUGAAAACACAUGCAAAUACCUCCAUCAGAAGUUCCAACUGAGAGCAACAAUAUGAGUGAAGUGCACUUGGAAAGAGCUAGAUCCUCAUACAAAUCUUGUUUUUCCCUUUGCCAAAGUUGACAAUGAAUUGUCCCUGACAGGGGAUGGUAACAUGGAGAAGAUAGACUGAUUUUGUUUGUUGGGCCGAUCACCAAGUAGGAAUAGCCCUAGCUCUCUGCCUUCCAGGGUAAUAGAAUACCAUACAAGCAUCUCCCAAACUGAGUUUUUUCCCAUGCCUGCAACUCAGGGGGUAGAGGCUUGUUCAAGGGUAGACAUUGUGAGCCCGUGGCACUAAUGAGCUACCUAUCUCUGACUCAAGUAAACAGUAGUGGGGAGAAGGGAAGGCAGCUGCAAAGGACCUCAGGUGCAUGAAUUCAAAUUUGACUCAACAUGCAGGUGUGGUCUUGGAACAAAAUUAUGGGGAAUCUACAAAGCUGAGGCCUUUUAUGCAACUAACCUGUUUUUAAAUUGACUGGCUUUAAAGGCAGCAUUAUGCAAUUCAUUUUUUAAAUCUUUAAAAAAUCAAUGCAGAGUAUCAGUCUAGGAAAACUCUUUUGGUUCAGUAUUCUAUAAAAAUAACCUAAAUAAGGUUUGUUGCAGGUCUUACCUCUCAUCUAAAGACAACAGGCUUUGCAUUUUGAAUUCAAAGCAAAACACCCAUCCUGGGCCAGGUUUGAAAUGGUACUGAAAUAGUUUGCUUUUCUAUGGGUCUUGUUUAUUUUGUAGGAUUCUGCAUUCUAAAUUUUUGCAAAAGAUGUAUUUUGAUUACUUCAAAGAAUGAAUUUUUUAAUUUAAACUGUAAAUAUUGUCAUGCUAAAUAUAGUAAAUAACUUUUUUUUAAAAAAAUCAAACACAAGUUAGGCGCUUCAGACCACAAUGGUGUUAACUCUGAGAAUGCCAGCAUUUAAGAGCACAUGUACAGUCUCACUGGCUUACAGAAGAAAGACCCUUCUUCCUUCCAGACUGUAGCAUUUCCCAUCUUAAGGCUUGUGACCACUGCUUGGGUAUCAUUAUUUCUAGAAUUCCAUUUGGGAGCAAAGAUUCUUUUGUAAUUGUUGUAACCCUGAAAAACAGAUACAUUAUGCCCAUGAAAAGUAUUUGAACUGCCUUUUUCCCCCUCAGAUGACCAGUAGGCAGAUGUAUUUAAAGAUCACCCAGAAGCCCUAAUACACUUACUCAGAGGAGUAAGUCGCAUGGCUACAGUAACUUCAGAAUUGGGAUUGGCUGUUGGUUUCUGAGUGUUAUUCAAAGUGCCUGCUUAGGGAUUUAAAGGCCAGUGUGGAUUUGCAUCCUGAAUAGCUUUGGUACUAAGUUACUUUUAUAUGUCUGCCAGCAGCUGAACUUGGACUAGGAAGGAUUAAAAAUGGACACUUCAAAAGCAGUUGGGUGUGUUUUCCAUGUAAGUCUGUUGGGUUCCCCAUCCUUGAUCUGACAGUCUCAGCCUUUGGGACUCGUCUAACCUGUCAACCCUGGAAGGUCCAUUAGCAAAGUGUAGGGGCUUUUUAAAAUUAGUUUUAAUCAUUUGUGUUUCACAUGACCACACCCAAGAUCAAGGGUGAUUUUAGAAAUGAAAUAUCACCUACCAAAACUUUUUUUUUAAAGGGAAACAAAUUCCAUGAUUACUCUGUUAUAAAACAGCCAGACCCUGCAGGCUGUCUGUCUCACUUCUCAGUAAGCCAUGAUGUGGUGGCAGCUACCCCAGUCUUUUGAAGAGUAUUAGAUUGUGUAACCAGUGCAGAAAACCUAACAGUGAGGAAAGUUAGAUACUUGAAUCAAAAGCGUUUUUCUAAUUCUAAACUUUGAUCUCCCUGAGGCUCCGCUCACUUUUAGGUGCUUUAGAAAGAACAUUCCAAAGCCCUUGUUCUUCAAGAGUAGGUGUUCUCAGCCUCAAAGACAUGACUGUCAGACUUGUGGUGGGAAGUUUGAUGCAAGGAGCUUCUCAAAAAAAAGCCCCUUAUUCAGUGAGGAUAUUUUCAUGUAGCGGAAUGUAGCCAUCUUGUGAUUAAAUUUCAGUUGAAUUGUCUUAACUUUUAUGCUUUGAUAAUAUUUUGGUUGGAUACUUAUAAAUGUUGGAAUUUACAACUUUUUUUUCAUAGUUUAUGUAAAAAUACUCUGCCUUGGGAUUUUCUACCAAAUGUUAGUUUUCAGUGGGCAGCUGUAUAGCUCUGGCUUUACAGUUUUACCUACUAUUUAUUGCAUCUGUAUUUUAAAUGUUUAGAACUAGGACUGCCCUCAAGGACAGUGCAAAUCCAAUCUCCCCUUUCUCUAGAUUAGAUGGGGAAUAAUGCCUUGACCUUUUUUUCUUGGGUUGCCAUAGUGAUAGGGGCAGCUGUGGUCUCUAAUUUUCUACAUUGAAGCCUUCCCACCCUAACCCAACCCUGUGUUAAACCAUGGUCAGUAAAGAAGGAGAAAAAUGUGAAGUCUAAGCAGACUUUUGCUGCAAAGAGUAAAAAAAGGAAAAUUACAAUAUUCUUUUUUAAUUGGAAGAGAAAAUUCACAUAUUUUUAAGAUGUGAAAUGAGGCUAAAAGGAUUCAAGAAUCCUAUCCAAGGCAGUUUUUCUAGUCUUUGGUAUGGAUAUCACUGUACAUAAAUGUUCUAGAUUUGUACUAAUACAUAUAUAAUUUGAUACUUCUGUAAAACAUCACUUAUAAACUUUUUCUAAGAAAAAAAAAAUCAUAACCCAGCCUCUUUAUUUAAAUAUUCUGUAAGAGAAACACUUUCCUUCUUUUUCACUUAGCGAAUUUCGUGGGGAACAGUAAGAAGGAAAGCCAGGGUGAGAGAAAAAUAAUUUAUAAAGGGACGUUACAAUUCCUACACUGUCUGCCUAUACUGUAGAAACACUUAAGUAGUUCACCAAAGAGCAACGCUGUAAGGCAUCCUCUAUUACUUAACAUUCAUUUUUGGCUUGUCAGUUAAUAUAACUUAGUAAUAUGGGGUAGAGGAGCAACACAGGAUGACAUUUCAUUCCUCAAACCCAACUUUCUAUGUAUAUUAAAAACACGUGCACACACAAACCCAUAGACCUAACCCUGUACAUUUCGCUGCUGUAACAUUGGGAUUAAACCUUGGAACCCACUGA